CGGCUGUCAUUUGUGAAACGUUAACUGUAGAAGACAGCUCUGCAGUGGCUUACUGAUGAUAUGAUAAGAAGAUUGUUGAGGGGCAGUUUGCUAUUGUCUUAACAUGCUUAUUGCUGAAUCUGUUCUUGAGGCCUAAGAAUGCCAAACUGGGGAGGAGGCAAGAAAUGUGGGGUGUGCCAGAAGACCGUCUACUUUGCUGAGGAGGUCCAGUGUGAAGGCAACAGCUUCCACAAAUCCUGCUUCCUGUGCAUGGUCUGUAAGAAGAAUCUGGACAGCACCACUGUGGCCGUGCACGGGGAGGAGAUCUACUGCAAGUCCUGCUAUGGCAAGAAGUAUGGGCCAAAAGGCUAUGGCUAUGGGCAGGGCGCAGGCACCCUGAGCACAGACAAGGGGGAGUCGCUGGGCAUCAAGCAUGAGGAAGCACCUGGCCACAGGCCCACCACCAACCCCAAUGCAUCCAAGUUCGCCCAGAAGAUCGGCGGCUCCGAGCGCUGCCCGCGGUGUAGCCAGGCGGUCUAUGCAGCAGAGAAGGUGAUUGGUGCUGGGAAGUCCUGGCAUAAAUCCUGCUUCCGGUGUGCCAAAUGUGGGAAAGGCCUGGAGUCCACCACCCUGGCAGACAAGGAUGGCGAGAUCUAUUGCAAAGGAUGCUAUGCUAAAAACUUUGGACCCAAAGGCUUCGGCUUCGGACAGGGAGCUGGAGCCUUGGUCCACUCAGAGUGAAGCCGCCAUUGCCCGCUGCACCGUCCAGUCCUGUGCUUCUCAUCGCCACCCCCCUGCAGCAGCCUCAGCGCCCCCCAGGACCUCGCUCACUCAGCCCUGCCACACCUCACUAAUGAUUUGAACUUGGGCAUCUGGCUCCCUUUGGUUUAGGGGGGGUCUGGCCUGAGCUCCCACCUCACUGAGUUCCUCCUGCCUGUCCUCUGAUACUACCACCAACCAGUAGGAGACACCUGUCUUUUUAGUCUAAGUGGGACCAGACCCCCCUCUCCCUAUACUUCACCCCACAGACCUCUGCUUUUGGCCUCUUAAGCUCAAUGUCCAACAGCAACCAGCCAGGGCACCUGGGCCACAUCUUGAAGUCUAAAGGAGGAGCAGCAGCUAUAGGCCAAGAGGAAGCAGACCCAGAAAGAGGCAGGGAAAGGCGGUGGCUUACUGGACCGUAGGGGUUCUCCUGUGGUAGAGGAUAGGCUGCUGGUGUCUCUCAGAAGAAGUCUGAGGAGUCCCAGUCGAGUAGUCACUGUGGAAGGCUGAGAUGUGUACAGGCAUGGCCCUAACCCUUGGAGAGGGUCCCCUUGCUUCUCUGGCCUGAGUCUGUGGAACUGGUGGACUCCCAUUUAGGACUGGAGGAUCCAUUCUCAGGAGGUCGUCUGACCCCCUUCUGCAUCUAGUUCCUGAG